AUGAUUGUGCCCAGAGGUAUCAGACAUACCAAAAGGCUAUACAGUAGUACAAUCUCGCAGGACUUCCUGAAAAAUGUUCUGGAGAGAGUAAAGGAAACUGCAGCCAAGAAACCAAUCUCCAAUUCGCCAAAACCUAGGACCAGAACCAACAAACGCUCUGGCGAUGACUAUGAAGCGAGGGGCAGCUUUAGAAAUGGUUCUAGAAGAGCAGGAAACAGCCAUGGUCCGGUUACGAACGACCCUACGACAUCAAGGAGACCUAACAUUAAUGCCAAUGUGAUGAACAGACAACCCCAGUUCAAGCGUAGAGGUGGAAACGGAACUUCACCUGGCGAGACUGGAUCCGCCUCUACGCUUAUGGAUGCUUUGGAUUCUGUGCAAAGUAGCGGCAACAGAUCUCAGCAGCCACGCCAGAACGUCAGGAAAAGCCGCGGUCUUCGAACUGCCCAACGCAGCGUCCCAGGUCUCACCCAAAAACCUUCUUCUUCCGAGGGAAUUAUUGCGCAAGCCAAAAGAUCUGCGGUGUCGCACCAAUACGUACCAGAGGAACCGACACCACUUGCUUUGUUGAAAUAUGCCCCCAAAUUAGCGCAUAGCUCAUUUUCAAAAAUGAGCGCAUAUGGGCUCUCUGCUUUGCAAAAGAGUGAUUAUCCUUUAAAUCGCCAAAUAAAUAUCGGUGUCGCGUCUUUCCCUUCUGAGCAGCCACUCAACGUCUCCCUCAGUCCCGAAUCUACUUUUUUCGGCCAAUACGCUCCUGCAUCGUCAUUGAUAUGGCGGAAAGAAAGGCUCUUCACUAACUUCAACGUGUGUCCAAACUCUGAGCUAUUCGAGACUACCGUGGAAGGCAAGUACAUGUCUUUGCCAUUUACAAGCGAAAACGAUUUCAAUUCGUUAGCCAAGAGCAACAACAAAAAAACUGAGUUGGUUCAAAACAGUAACAUUGUAAGGCUCAGCUUGGGUAGGUCCAAUAUGGAUCCCGCUGGCAAGAACCUUGUCUUCGAAGUGUGCUCUGGCCUAAAACCGAUUGCCGAUCUGAAAGCCUAG